AUGGCCCCCAUAGGCGCUCCCACCAGCGUCAUCAUCGAAGUUAAUUCUACCGACUUUCUUGAACUAGAUCGAGAAGUCUGGACGCUAAGCCUUUGUCUGCAUUUGAUUGUGAGCUUCCCGAUAUUGAUUUUAGAUGUUGGAGUAAAUGAAAGUGGCCAUGUACGAUUCGAGGCCGCUGAAUUAAAUUGUGUGGUUGAAUUUGCUGAUACAGACGGGCUGGAGUUCGGGGGGUGUCCUAGGAAGGCCAUGCAAGUUGCGAAGCUCAGUUUUAUGCUAGUGAAAGGUACGAUUCAAGUUAUUCAGCUAUGGCCAAUAAACCGCAGUAACCUCAUGCUGCUUUCCAGUAGCUCAGCCUGUGUCAAGUUGAGGGGUUGCGGAAUCCGAGUGCAGUGUCGACUCCAGGGAGAGCAAGUAAGGGAAGCCACCUAUUUUCUAACCUCCUACAACUUUAGAGAUUAUGCCUUUUUCAUUCUAAGAUCGCGUGCGCCUCAGGCCUUGCGGCUUCUUAGUAGUGCGAAGGUAAUCCAGGUCGCGAGAGUAGUAGAGCCUCGGAGCCAUGCCAAAAUCUACGUUAAAACCGAGACGAAUAAUGGAAUUCAGGAAGUAGAAGUUGAGGACGAAAUCAGGAUAUGGGCUUCUGAAGUGAUAUACUGUUGGGCUAACAAUACUAUGCAAGCAGUUUUAUGGCUUAAAUCUUUUUGUGACGGUUUGUCAGAUCGCUCAAAUCAAGGAAGAGCCGCAAGCACUACAGUUCGGAUGAAAACAAUUGAACCCCCACUAUCCAAAGUUUUUUGUGGCCAUGUCGCCAGCCCAUGGGCCAUAUCCUAUUCACUGCUUCAACCCAGGUUCGAUAUUGUCAAUGACAUAAUAUUGUAUCACUUACAUGAUAAGUGGUCAAUGCACCACCUAUUCGCCAAUCUCUUUGAGUUUACGAUAACUCUAGCUUCUUUGAUCCUAUUUGCCACAGGUUUCCUUCAUACAUCUUUCCGAUAUUUCGAUGCCCCGGAAGUUCAGAAGAGUGAAGCCAUCCUGUCCGAGCGUCUCUUUCACCUGCUGUCCCGGCUGGGCCCCAAGAAUGAUCUCUUUCCAAUAUGGUAUUUCCUCUUCGCGCAUGAAGCCGUGGUCGAUGCAAGUCUCAGCCAUCAACGAUUUCCAAGAAAUAGACAGAUGAAGGCAAAUUGGCAUUCAAUACAACAAGGGACAAGAUCGCGCAAAAUGAAGCCUAAUAUGGAAGGAGAGGAACCAUUAGAUGAAAGGUUUGGGGUAAAAUUUUGGCGUCUCACUGAGCCGUACAGUACACCUGCAGGCAUGAACGAAAGUGAAUUGCCUUCCGUUACUGUACGGUUAAUGAGGCUACAGUUACUGCAGACGUUUUUACUACAGAGAAGUAACUCCUUGAUUUACCUACUUCUCGCUUCCAAUAUCGCUUCUAUUGUCACCAUGAGUAUGCUAAACUCCACAAAUACUACUGACAGUAACGGCUAUGUUCUAUUGAACACCAUACCUGCAGGUGAGCUCAUCCGCACCGCGAAAACAGCAACGCUAGACAAUGACUACGACGAGAAGGAGACGCAGUAUACUCGGUAUCUUAAUUCUACUUCGUGCAGGUAUCUUGAAAAUAUGCCUUUAACUGGUAACAACGGUGCCAAAGUUUGA